UGUGGCAGGGGGUUUGGAACUAGAUGACUUUCAAAGGUCCCUUCCAACCCAAACUAUUCUAUGCUUUUUGCUGCAUGUUUGUUCAAAAGAGGAAUCAGUUGCCUGAGGGAUUUUUUGAGAAGAGGAAGAACAGCAUUUGUGAUACUUAGAAAAAUAAUGGUUUGAGAAGUCACACUGAAUUUCAGAAGAGUUCUGUCGCUGUUGGUAAUGAAAUUACUUGCUGGAGAGUUUUUCAAAUGUAUAUGUAUAUUUACUGUUUCUUCAGUUAAAUGAUGUUCCUUGAAAUGUUUCUUGAACAUGGUAGAAGAAAACCCAACUACUGUGCAUCAUCUUUUUAUGGAUGGGCUGGGUGUGACUAGACCUAUCGAUGUUGUUUCUUACUACUUCAGUGGUGAACUCAGUAAUCUUGAGGAAAUUAAAUGGACUGAUUGUAAAAACUGAUGGUGAUCAUGAGGAAAUAUUCUGAAUAUAAGUAGUUGAAAACUGGAAAAAUCAUGUUGUGUAGGUUAACACUGGUAGACAUCUAAGCACUACAUAGCUGCUUGCUCACUUUCCCUCCCAGCCCCAGAGUGAUGAGGGAAGAUGAAGAGUAAAACCAGUGUUUUAUCUCAACCCAUAAGUUUUCUUUAAAACCCCUAAGUUUUCUUAUGGGUUGAGAUAGAAAUUGUUAAAGAAGUGGGGGAAAAGUGGAAAAAGAGAAUCUGAAAACAACACAGGUAAUGUAAAGGCAAUCACUCCUCCCACAGGUAGACCAAUGCCCAGUCAGUUCCUGAGCAAAAGAUGGCUAACCUCUCUAAACCCACUCCUAGCACUUUUUAUUGCUGAGCGUGAAUAUCGCUGUCACAUGGAAUAUUCCUGGUUAGUUUGGGUCACCUACUUGGUUGUGCCCCCUUCCCACCCUCUUGCCCGUACCCCAGUCUAUUCACUGGGUGGGGGACAGAGGGAGAAACAGAAAAGGCAUUCAUGCAACCGCUAAAAUAUUAGUGUGCUAUCAGCAUUGUCUUGAUCACAGAUCAAAAACGCAGCACCAUACAAGCUGCUAUGAGGAAAAUUAACUCCAUCCCACCUAGACCCAAUAGAUAAAUGCACUUGUUACUGUUUCUUCUUCCCUCUACUUCUUCUUAUCCUAAGACAGGUAUUACACAAAUAAUUCCUAAAUUAGUGGCCAGAGUGGUAAGUGUAGGUACAGUAUGAUGCAUUAUACAAUUCACUCCAUUUUUGGACUUUUUAAGCACACAUGACAAUACUUGACUGUGUCUUUUGCUGAGCGUACAUCACUCUCUGUGUUUCAGCUUGGCUGAAAAAUGAGGCUCAGAUUACUUCUGCAGCUCUUGUUCCUGCUGAGAAAAUGUGGUAUCGACGAAUACUGUGUGCCUAUCAAGAGAAAGUGUAUAUUGGACAGGAAAUACCUGAACAGGCACCAAUAAAAAUACAAGUUUAACUAAGAUGUCAGCAACGGAUAGUUUUCUGAAUACAUUGUCUUUCCUUCAUGGCGAUUUGCUCCUUGGACUUGAACUUGAGAGUCAUACCUUCGCAUGUGGUUCUCCUAGGAAGAGUAGUAAUUUAUAUCCUGGUUUAGUGACCAAGUAAGGCAACCAAAUAUGUUCUACAGGCACCUUUACCCUGCUUGCCAUAGCAGUGGAAUGCUAUAAACACAGAGUUAAAUGGGACUGCUCAGUUACCAUGCCCAAUCUUAACAGUUCUACGUAAUCGCUUUCAUAAACUUCACCUUAAAAACAGUUCAGUUGUUCUUUCUUUCAUUUUUAGGCUGCUCUAGUAUAGAGACAGUCUAGGGAUGAAAAAGUAGUUUCUAGUAGUGUUUGUUCAUGAUCAGUUCACGGCUAUUUGCUCUCAUUCUACUGUCCUUAAAAUUAGAAUUAUUUUUCCUCCUUAGUGGUAAUCCCUGUGAUACUUUUCUUGAAAGUAAGUCUACUUUGUUUUCAUCAGGGUUUUUCUAGGCAGGUGAAGUUACACUUUCAUUUCAUUUCAUAAGAAGAACAAUCUGUUCCUCCCUCCUGAUAACCUUUUUUGCAGUUGUUCUUUGAAUCUAUGUUUGAGGGUUAUCAGAACUCGGUAUGAUAUUGUACAUGAAGGCUCACUCGUGCCUCAUUGCAUGACAUUUGUACUUUUCUCUUUUUACUGAGAAGAGUCGUCUUAAACAUUUUCCUUUAUUUUUGGGGUGUUUUUUGGGGUUUUUUUGUUUGGUUGGGUUUUUUUUUUCUGUUUUUUUGUUUAUGGCUACCUCACACCUCACUUUGGGAUUACCUAACAAUCCACAAGGAAAAACUCUCUACCUCUCGCUUUUGGUUUUCAGCUGAAGAGCUCUGAAUUUAAACACAAUUAUUAUAGUCCCUAAACUCCUGUUACAGUCCCUAAGCUAGUCUUUAAGAACUUUAAUAGGAGUCUUGUUCCAACCCAGUAAUAGGUUGUAGCAAAAAAGGAAACAACUAUAUUACAGUUUUUAUGCUAAUCCUUUGUUUUUCAGUUAAAUUUGUAAUUUCUUGUAUUGUAUAACAAAUUACCAAUGUCCAUGCAGAUUACAUUUACUACAUUUAUUGCAUGAUCUGGCUUUUAUAUACUAUAUAUAGUCCUUUUAAAAACGGCAGGAAAUGCAUUUUUUAUAUGUGUGUGAUGAGAAGUAUUUUUGAGCUGGGAAAAACAAACCAUGACAAACAAAAUUUAAUUACUGACUUCUUGCUGAACUAAAUGCUGACCUACACUUUAAAAUUUUGGAAUAACUGGCUGACUGGUGUGUUUAUCUUGAGGCUGAAAAGAAAAAAGAUAAAAAUAACCCUCAAACAUCAUACUCUCUGGUGAGCUGGAGAAAAGAAUUAUUCGCCUCAAUCUAAACUCUUUCUCCAGGCUUUAGUCAUCCAAUUUUGUUUUCUGUUAGACGUGGAAAUGACUGCAUGUGGUUAAUGUUAAAGGGACCAUGCCACAGACCUCAUCAGAUAACCAGUCUAAUUUCUGAGACUCUCUUCUUAACGUUCUUGUUUCUAUCUUUAUGUUCUUUCUCUCGGAAGUGUGUGAGAAACUGAAUAAAUGUGAGAGUGAGGGAAUAACUUCUUCCAGUUAAAUGCUUGUAACCAAUCAUAGCCUCAAAUGUGUAUUUUUUUAGCAAGGCUUCACAUAUAGUGGACUAGUCUAGUAUGUUUCAUUGUGAAAAUGAAGUAGACAGGACCACAGUGCUUCAGUAUCAGUUCUUUCAUUGUGAUUUAAUCAUGGGGAUCACUUCUUUCCCAAGCAGUCACUCCUGCGAGUAAUGGCAUAAAAAGGCUAGUUUGAGCUGUUGUGAAACUGAUGCUGGUUUUCUAUUGCUAGUGUUUUGGGGUUAGUUGGUUUGUGUAGGUAGGAAUACUACUUCCCACGUGAAGCAAAAGUCCUUUCAUAAAAUGAUAUUAACUCAUGUUAACUGUGGAUAUCAGGAAAGAGAAGUGAGAUUUGUGAUUAAAAACAAUCCAGCAAAACUCUUAAACCUUUAUAAUUUCCAUGUAAAUGUCACAUUUGUUUACUGUUAUUGUUACAAAGCUGUAUGUUAUGUCUUAUCUGACUUCAGCAUUUCUUUCAGCGUUCAGACAGAGGACACAGAAAAAGAAGAGCAGAAAGAAGAAAACAAUAGCACCGAAUGCAGCGAACUAGGAAUCAUGGAUCUGAAAUUUACUUCUUCAAGAAAAUACAUUUCCAUCAGUGUACCUUCCAAAUCUCAAACUAUGUCUCCUCAUAUCAAAUCAGUAGAUGAUGUUGUAGUUCUUGGCAUGAAUCUCAGCAAAUUUAACAAACCUACUCAAUUUUUCAUCUGUGUUUCUGGAGUUUUUAUGUUUUAUCUAAUCUAUGGAUAUUUACAGGAAUUGAUAUUUUCAGUGGAAGGUUUUAAACCUUUUGGUUGGUACCUCACUUUAGUGCAAUUUGGAUUUUAUUCCAUUUUUGGACUAAUAGAAUUGCAGUUGAUUCAGGACAAAAGGAGAAGAAUUCCUGGCAAAACCUACAUGAUAAUAGCGUUUUUAACAGUGGGAACUAUGGGUUUGUCAAAUACCUCUUUAGGAUAUCUGAAUUACCCUACUCAAGUCAUCUUCAAAUGCUGUAAGCUGAUUCCAGUUAUGAUAGGCGGGGUUUUUAUACAAGGAAAACGUUAUAACAUUGCAGAUGUGUCUGCCGCCCUAUGUAUGAGUCUUGGAUUAAUAUGGUUUACGUUAGCUGACAGCACAGUUGCACCAAACUUCAACUUGACAGGCGUGGUCCUAAUAUCGCUUGCCCUCUGUGCAGAUGCAGUUAUAGGAAAUGUACAGGAAAAAGCUAUGAAGUUGCACAAUGGUUCUAAUUCAGAAAUGGUUUUGUAUUCCUAUUCAAUAGGUUUUGUGUAUAUUUUAUUUGGAUUAAUAUGCACUAGUGGAUUAAGCCCUGCAGUAACAUUUUGCUCAAAGCAUCCAGUUCAGACUUACGGUUAUGCAUUCCUUUUCUCCCUGACUGGGUAUUUUGGCAUAUCCUUUGUUCUAGCUUUGAUUAAAAUCUUUGGUGCCCUUCUGGCUGUAACAGUAACAACAGGAAGAAAAGCAAUGACCAUUGUGCUUUCUUUCUUGUUCUUUGCAAAGCCAUUCACACUUCAGUACGUGUGGUCAGGCUUACUGGUUGUCCUUGGUAUAUUUCUGAAUGUUUACAGUAAGAAUAUGGAUAAAAUCAAACUGCCUUUACUGCAUGGUCUCUGGAAAAAAAAUGUGGAAGAAAGAAAAACAAGGACGUUGUCACAAACUGUAUAGACAGUGGUUUAGGCCUUAUAGACUACUACUUACUAUUAUUUUAUUGGAACAGUCUUCAACUGAUUCACUUUCCAAAGGGAACAUUAUUAAAACCAAAGGAACUGAAGGCAUAUUGUCUGCUUGCAGAUUGCUAGAAAUGCACAUAUUUUGUGAGCCCUUUCUUCAGAGCACUUGAAUUCAUCGUUAAAAGUGUUGUAGGCCAUUGUCAGAUGGCACUAUCAGGCAAUGAAGGACAGCAGCUCCUGGCAUCGGCUGAGAAGCUGCACUCCAAGCGGGACACAUGAGAAGAGUAAUUUGGGCAUUUUAAUAAUAUUUGCCAUGUGGCUGAUCUGAGAUUAGUCGUUCUUCGUUAAUUGUCUAUGUGGGGUAAUUUAAGUGUAAUACUGUAUUAACAUUUAAUGGAACCUUAAUCAGCAACCGGUUGACCAAAUUGUGAUUUUAAAGGUGGAAGGUUUACAAUAUGGUAUGUUGUCACUCUUUUUCAUUUUAAAUAAAAAUGGUGGGGUUUUUUUAAGUUACUGAUUAGAUCACCUCAGAACUUGGUAUUUAUUGUAAUAAUUGAUUUUUUUUAUGGGAAUAUUACAGUGUUACUCUUUUUUAUUACUGCUUGCAAGUAACAAAAAUGGGAUUGAGGUCGUGCAGUCAACACCCAUGCUUUUACAAGUGCUGUAUGGGCUUUUAGGCCUGAACAGGGUGAGAACACAGAAUGAAAAAGGAGCAAUUGAGACAAUGGUGUAAAAAGCUGUUAUUUCCUUAUUCUGUGGUGAAAUACAAAAUUUUUAGUGGCCUUGGCCCUACAUAUCAUAAUGGUGUAGAGAGACAUGGAAGUCCUUUAAAUUAAUAUCGUCAAAUCGAAACUCUUCAUUUGCAAUAUUGGAGUAAAGAAUAACAACAUCUGCUAAGGUAUUUGGAAUACAUAUUGUGUCAGUCUUUGUGUGGUCCUGUGAUGAACUUAAGAGGAUUAGGGUACAGAUUACAAUUUUCUUUAUUUAAUGACAGGAGGAGACAGUGUAAUACCAGUCUGUCUUUUUCAUCAUGAAUUUAAGAAAUUAAUUUAAGACUAAGUCCAUUUAUCUCUCUUACUUUCAUAUUCAGCUUGCUUUUGAAUCGCUUGCCAUCUCUUUGAUUUUAUAUAUUUAACAAUAGCACUUUAAAAAUACUGAUCACCUUACAGUUCAUUGUUCUCAUGUUGUCAUGACUUUUUUGUUGUUGUGUCUCUUAGAUGCAUCUCAGUGUGUGUUCUUUCAACUUAGACAAAAGUAAAUUGGAUAAUAGAAUUAUGUAGUCAGGAAGAAUGUACAGAGAAUUGAAAUAUCUCACAGGCUUGCCUUCUGCCAAAAACGCUGGCUUAUGAAAGUAUUCUAAAUGUGCAAAAGUGUGUUUCAGAUGCUUAAGAAGAAUUGCUGUUCCAAGGAGCACACAGACAAAAUGUGCCUUAAAUUUUGCUUAUUGACUUGGUAGCUAGUAUAUGCCGUAUUAAAUAUGUUAUAAAAUAGAACAUGGAAUAGCAUAGCCUCUUUAGCACAAUGGGACAAAUGAGUGGAGAGCUGCACUAACAUAACUGGACUGUUUCCAGCACUUGAACUACUGUGGUGUGUCAGCAAAGCCUUUUACCCCAUGUACACCCAGUAUUGCCAAAUUAGGAGAAUGUAUUGCAUGUAACAAUUUUAUUUUUUAAAUUCCCGGCUGCUGUAGGGUUGAUUCUGUCCUGGAUUAGGUAGAGAGGUGUGAGUGUGACCAACAAAUACAUCUUGAAAGAGAAGGAUGGCCUGCCAUGGCUGUCCAUUUUCAUUUUGCAGUGAAAUUUUUAUCGUAAGAAAAAGGGUGACAAUGCAAGAGUGCAUUUGACCAAGUCAAGGGGAUUGCUUUCCCCAUAAUACUUAUCAACUUUCAUAUUCUCUUGCAUUCUUUUCACUAAAUGAAGUUGCUCUUUCCAAGGAGGUUAAGUUACCUAUCAAGCUAAAAGAAGGACAGGUUUUGAACCAAUGGAAAGAGAGUAAUUAUGGAAUGUUUCUGUCUGUUCAUUAGCUUGGUGGAACUUGGCAAUUAGCAUUUGAGCAUUGUUUUGAGAAUUUUUCAGUCUCAGCUUUGCCAUCUGUAGACUCUUGCUCAACUUUAUUGAACUUCAGGAAACCAAAUUAUGUGAAAGCUACCAUACAUGCAGAAAGUCAUAGUAAAUAUAGUUCGUUUGGCAUCUGGUUUAUAUAACUAGAUGAGAAGUCACUCCCAAAGUUUCUGACUAGAAUUCAAAUGUAGUAUGUAGGUUGCCAAACUGUUCAUAUAAUCCAAUUUUGUCUCUAUUCUCUCACUUUGGAGAGCAUAGUGUUCACAAUAAUUUACUUUUUAAUUUAUUCUCUGUUGUAUACAGGACUGAGUUAAUGGAGUACACCUUAGGGGAAGUUUAGAUUUAUUUUUUUAUUAAUUUUCUUAUUCUUAACUAUAGAAAUAUCUGUUUUGUUUUACAGGUGUACUUUUAAAAAUUAUUUUUGUACACAAAUGAAUAUUGAAGGUUUAGUGUUAAUAGCCUAAAUUUUAAGAGAUUUUUAUUUUCAUAGGUGUGAGUCUAGUACUAGCUAAUCAACAGUAUGCAAGUGUGUUAAAGAAAAAUGUACACACAAGUGAGAGUAGUUCAUCAUUUGCCACCUCGUCUUGUGGUCUGCAGUUUCAUGCUUUCAUCCAGCUGUGAGGAAAACCUUCAUUUCAGUGAGUUGCUGUUUGUGGGGAGGUGGUUGGUUGGGUUUUUGUUGUUGGUGGUGGUUUUUUUUAAUCAGCCUUAAAAGCAUGCAAGUAAGAGAACCUUACAAAAACCUCCAAGAGGUAUUACAACAUUUUGGUUUAGGAUCUUCUGUACUGUAUAUGUAUGUUGGUUUUGUGUUGUCUAUGAAAUAUGAAUAAGGGCUUGUCCACAAAUCGACUGUAAAUUCUCUAUUUUUCAUAUAAGAGCACUUAUAUUGGGGUGUUGGUUAAUCCUUCCUAACGUUGCUGUGUAGCCUGAUCAUAAUAAUGUUUGCAUUUUGUACGCACUGGCUCCUGGGCUCUUUACAGUAGGCAUUAUGAAGCUACAAAGAAAAAAACCCAUUCAUUCUGAUACCAUAACAUUAAUUACCUAAAUAUAAUGUGAAUUAGUUGCAUCUUAUGCUACACAACUUUCUCCUCCCUACAGAAAAAGUGUGAUACAAGAAUUAGUUAUAAUGGAAUUGAAGUUCACACUAAAAUUUAAGGCUGCCCAGCGUCUCCACUGACGUCAGCAAUCUGCCUCUGUGACACCCACUACUUCUGCCUCUUUUGGAGGACUGAGGGAGCUCCAUUUUCCUAAAUUAAUAUGCAUUUGCAGUUGCUUUCACAUUACAUUUUUGCAUUUAUUUGGCACGCUCGAAUACCGAAGUAAUUGACUGUGCAGUGAAUUUCUCCAGUAUUUCAGUACGUUAGUAUCAUCAAACUUAAUUAUUCAGCUAUCUGUGUGUGAAUACAAGUAUGGAAGAACUAAUGCUCUGAAUGUCCCCAGUCUCCCCAAACUUACAGUGUUUCCUGAUACCACAUUAAACUGUUUUCCUUAAUCUGAUCAUUAAUUUGCACUUACCAAACAUUUUGAGCUAAAACUUAGGCAUGUGUCAUUCCUACUCAUCUUCCUUACUUGUCAUUAUUAAUUUUGGAUGCCAACUCCCUUUUUUACAUGCUCUGUCAAUGCACUAUGGAUUGUUUAAGGUUUCUAUUCCUGCAUUUAAGGGCUCACAUCAUAUUAGUAGAGAUUGGACACAUUCUGUAUUUUCUAUUUCAUAUCAGUUAUGACUGUCUCGAUAAUUCUUUUACAUCCUUUUUUCUCCACAAAAAACCAAAACCCAAAAUCUUUCCAUUUAUACUUUCCAUUUAUUUUUUGAAAGUUCUUGAUGAGCACACUACAAGUUAACUCCUUGACCUCAUUCCAUCUACCAAGAAAAUCUCUCUUCUCCCUUGCUUGCCUUGAGAACUGAAGAAGAAAUAAAUUAUUGCAGGUGCUUUUUUUUCUUUAAUAAGUGCCCUUCUUACUGGCUUGUCUUAAUUGUUUCUUUUCGUUCUGCCUCCCAUGCUCCCAGGCACAAACAAGCCCUUCUCUCAUGUUUAACUGCUGCUUGUUCAGUCAUGGAAACUUUUUGAGUUGUUUACUGAAAAGAGGUAUAGAAUUGCAUAUAUACUCUGGAGGGCAGGAAAUAAUAAGUAAACUUCACAAGGUAGGGAAGUAAUUAAAUGAAUUCAUACUUUCUUUUCUGGAGGGAUUAUAUAUAUAUAUGGUUUAGGUAAUAGCUCAGAAUUUGUUAGUGGAAGGGGUUUUUCUCUCUAUUACAUUUUUACCUGUUUAAAAUUUUCAUAUUAAUUUUAAUAUUUAAUAUAAAACUCCUGACUACUCAGGCAGUUUAUAGAGAUUAAUUUUAGUCUUGCCUAUGAGGCAGAAAAAUCCUAUCUCCAUUUCACUGAUGAAGCGGAGAUGGUAACUUGCCCAAAGUUGCCUUAGCAAGUGUGUGAUGAGCAAGGAAUGGAUGUUAAUACCCUCAGUUAUUCUAUGCCCCAAGUCCAACAUAGCCCUUCUGUACCUGAAAUGAAACCGUACCGAUGUAAGCUCAGUUUUCUUUUACCCCAAUAUUAGAGGUUUUUAAAUUGUUUCUGUCUGUGUUCUGUACUAGUAUAAUUUAAAGUGAAAGUAAGACCACCAUGAAGUAGGCUUCCUGCAUUUUGUCUGAAACUUAUCUGCAUUGUGCGCAUUGUUACUGUCUUGUUGAUUUUCUCUUCUUGUUUUGCUAUGGAAACAAGCUGGGGACAGUAGCAGUCAUAGGAGAAGCAUAAUAUCCUUCACUUUCAAGUGGCUGGUCCGAAUUUAGUUCACCUUGCUACUGCUCAAAAGCUGCUGCCAUUGGAAAAAUGUGAGGAGCUGAGCAUAAUGUUGUCAUGCCGGAUCUGUAUCUUUUUGCUGUUCACUUGUAGAGAAGCAAAGACGGUAAUGCAAUAAAGAACAUUCAUGCACAAAUACUCAGCUUAGAAUAUAAUGCUGACUUAAUGCUUCUUUUCUAUACCUGGAUUGGUUUCUGCUGUUGUGCUGAUUUUCUUGAGGUGUGAUAGUACUGUAUUGUUUCUCUACACUUUUGGAUAUUUGAGUAUUUUUUUUUUCUUCAUUAGAUUUCUCAGAUUUUUGCUUCCUCUUCUUUAUUGUAAGUGAAAAGUUUUACCUUGUAAUUUUCGUUACACCUGUAGUACUGUGUCCAGUUCUUGGCUCCCCAGGACAAGAGAGAGGUGGGGCUACAGGAGAGAGUCCA